ACUUUCAUUUCAGUUUCAGGCGACUGUUGAGGAGGAGAGAGCAGUGCAGGUGUUCCGGAAAAGCUGUCCAGGUUCUGCGGCGAAGAUUAUUUUAUUUUUGUCAGAUUUUUAUUCGACUGUUUGUUCGGAAAGAUGAAGGUGCUGCUUUCUUUCGUCGUGCUCGCUGUUUUCAGCGCAAGUGCCUUUGCUAAGGAGUCUUCACCAAAGAUCCAGGUUUACAGCCGUAACCCUGGUGAGUAUGGCAAAGAGAACACACUGAUCUGCCACGUGAGUGACUUCCACCCCCCAGACAUUGAAAUCAAACUGCUGAAGAAUGGUGUGGAGAUUCCAAACGCCAAGCAGACUGACCUGGCCUUUGAGCAGGGCUGGAAGUUUCAUCUGACUAAGAGCGUCGCCUUCACACCCACCAGCGGUGACACAUUCUCCUGCAAGGUCAGACACCUGAGCAGUGAGAAGACCUUCACCUGGGAGCCAGACAUGUAAAUCUCCUGGGCUUCAUUCCAUCUGGCCGCUCUUUAUUUCCACACUUGCAGUAAUGAUACCACUUUCUGACCAUCAAUUCACCUCUCAUUAGUAAAUUGAACUUCAUUGUAUAUCUGACAUAGGGCUGGGCGAUACAAUAAAAAUGUCUUUGUGAUAUUUGAAAAACACCUUCCAGGUAUACAAUAUAGAACAAGGCGUUUAGUUUCACUUGUUGGGUUUUGCUAACAAAAAACCCAAAAUAUUGCUACUAUUAAUGAAAAAGCAUGAAUUAUUUGAUUCAGCAUUCACUAAAGAUUCAGAUAUUUAAGAAGGUAAUCGGUGGAAACAUUUAAAAAAUUAGUUAUGUGUUACAAUGAGCCACAGUGGCAUUAUAAAAGCAGAAAAACUCAGAAAACAACAACAACAAAAAAUAUAGUCCUAUCGCCCAGCCCUGUGUGUCAUCUACGCUUUAGUUAAUCAAGCAAUAUCUCUACAGUUUAAAAUGUAAAAACUAGAACUUUAUGCGGUUUGGAUAACUAAAUUCCUAAUGUGGGGAAUGUGUUUUUUUUUUUUUUUUAAAGCUUCAUAAUUUUUGUCUAUCUUCUUUUAUUUCUGAUUCAUCAUGGUGUGUAAAGUUUGAUAAAUAACUUUUGUUAUGCUCCUUUAAAAUGUUUUAAAUAAUUGACAUAAGACUUCUAAAUAUUGGUUUUCUUGAGGUUUUCAAUCACUGUUAAUUGUAAUGUAAAAAGAAGUAAUAAAAUUCUGUCCCCCUCCCCAA